AUGAAUGUUGCAGAGCCUGUCAGGUUGGUGGGAGGACCCAAUCGCUGUGCAGGUACACUGGAGGUGAAACGGGGAGAGUGGAGACCAGUGAAGUACUCUGACUGGACCCUGCGUGACUACAGCUGGACCCUGAAGGAAGCAGCUGUCGUUUGCAGAGAUCUGUACUGUGGCUCUGCUGUUUCAACAGGAAGCACAAAUGAAGCCUCAGACAGAUCUGUAUGGUGGAUCAGAUCUGACUGUGUUCAUUCUGGAUCACCACUGAGGGAAUGUGCAUUAUCAUCAUCAUCUUCCUCUUCCUCCAUCGUGGAGCUCACCUGCUCAGACUUGCUGGUUCAGCCAAUCAUCUCUGUGUCUUCUACCAUGGACGGGGUCUCCGAGGCCCAGCAGCAGGGGUUUCUGGUGCGUCAGGGCUCCAACUUCACCAUCAGCUGCUCCGUCCAGCCUCAGUACCCAGGAGGCUCCUUCCAGCUCACCUUCACCUCCUCCAACACGGCACACAACUACACCCAGCCAGCUGUCAAUCACUCCGCUGACUUCCUGUUUCCUGCUGCAGACCCCGCCCACCAAGGAAGCUACAGCUGUGUUUAUGGCGUCUAUGUUUUUGCUCAUAACUUCUCCUCUGAGAGCCGUCUGCUGUCUCUCACUGUCACAGGUAAGCUGAAGCAGAGUGUGAAGCUCAGUGGAACUGAGACGUCACACUGACUUUGUUUCCAUGUUUGUAAAACAUGAUAAAAAGUCAUCAGGCAGCAGGACCGACCCAGCGACCUACAGAGAGCUGAGGCAGAAUCUGAUGAAGGAACUGUAAACUGUUUCCUUCCCGGCUUCUUUAAUGUUAUUGAACCAUAACAACUGUGUUGUAGUGAAAAGUAAAAGACAGCAAACGAGUCAGUGAAGCCAGAUAAGCACUAUAAUGAUAAUAAACAGGACUUUACAUGAUGAGCUGAAUGUCAUCAGGAGAACUCAGAGCUUCACCAGGAUCACAUUUGAUUUAACUGCAUGUAAAGAU